UGCUCACAUACCACAGGUCAAUGGCCAGAACCAGUUGUCGCAAGCACAACACACACAACACACACACAACACACGGGGACUCAGCCGCUCAUACUCCGGGGUGUGAGCGCCAUGGAGAGGUCGGGUAGAGACCACCCGGCCACUGCAACCAAGCACCUGGACCUCCUGGUGGACGAGAAGGAGCCGAGGAAGGACAUCGAGAGGUUGCUGGAGCAGGUGCGGCCGCUGUGGAAACCGGCGGAGAUCAAACUCAAGAUUUUCACCAGUGGAAUCACAAACAGGCUAGUCGGUUGCUACGUGGACUGUGAUAUGGAAGAGGUAGUGCUCGUCAGAAUAUACGGCAACAUGACGGAACUUUAUGUGGAUCAUGACACUGAGGUGAAAAACUUCCAGCUUCUCCAUGCUCACCACUGCUCACCGGAACUUUACUGCACUUUUCAAAAUGGAAUAUGCUACGAAUUCAUCAAAGGAGAAGUCCUAGAUAUGCAGCAGCUGAGAAAGCCUUCCAUUUUCAGACUUGUGGCCAGAGCAAUGGCCCAGUUUCAUUCUGUCCAGUCCGACAACAAUUAUUGUUCCGAACCCAACCUGUGGACGAAUCUCUCAAAGUACCUGACGCUACUCAAGUCCAGCCAGUCUCAGAUAACAUCAGACAGGAGGCUGCAGAAGAACUUCUGCAGUUCUUGGGCCGAUGCCUCGCGGGUCGAUGAAGCCCGCGGCCGACGGAGCCCGAGGCUGGGGCCGAGGGUCAAUGCCACAGAGGUCUCAGGAGAGGUCCUGGCAGCGAUAGUGAAGACGUCGGCGCAGCGAUCGAUGAUGGCGCUUACCGACGGACGAGAACGGAUAUGUGGAAAUAAAACCCAGGAAAUUGCCAGCUACAAUACAUGCUGGUGGGAACCAAUGGGAAAGAAUAAACUUGCUAUCAUUGUGCUGUGCUUAUCCCCAGCACAGCGCUAG